UGACUUACAAUGGAAAAACUGCUUUUUUAUCUGCUGUUAAUUGGCAUGGCAGUGAAGGCGCAGGUCUGUCCAAAACGUUGUGUCUGUCAGAAUCUGUCUCCAAAUCUCGCAACUCUUUGUGCCAAAAAAGGACUUCUCUUUGUCCCACCAAACAUUGACAGGCGGACAGUGGAGCUUCGCUUGGGAGAUAAUUUCAUUACAAGCAUCAAAAGGAAAGACUUUGCUAACAUGACCGGCCUGGUUGACCUUACGUUGUCAAGGAAUACAAUUAACCAUAUUGCGCCACAAGCAUUUUCAGACCUGUGUAACCUGCGGGCCUUACAUCUGAACAGCAACAGACUGACUCAGAUUACAAACGAAAUGUUCAGUAGGCUUUCCAAGCUUCACCAUUUGAUAGUCAAUAACAAUCAACUCAUUGAAAUCUCCUCUGGGGCGUUUAGUGAUAUUUUGUUGUCUCUUGAAGAACUGGAUGUAUCCUAUAAUAACUUAAAAACAAUUCCAUGGGAGGCGGUUGAGAAAAUGGUCAACUUGCAUACUCUCAGCCUGGACCAUAACAUGCUUGAGCACAUUGAUGAAGGCACCUUCUCCCACCUCCACAAGUUGAUCAGGUUGGACAUGACAUCUAAUAAAUUGCGCAAGCUCCCACCAGAUCCUUUGUUCACGAGAGUUCAGGUGCUAGCCAAUUUAGGAAUCAUGAACCCAACGGGUUUUGUGUUAAGUUUUGGGGGGAAUCCCUUGCACUGCAACUGUGAGUUACUAUGGUUGAGGCGGCUCUCAAGGGAGGAUGAUUUGGAGACGUGUGCUUCACCUACACAUUUAACAGGCAGAUACUUUUGGUCCAUCCCAGAGGAAGAGUUCAUCUGUGACCAGCCUCUCAUUACUCGGCACACCCACGAGCUCAGAGUUUUAGAAGGCCAACGAGCGACACUGAAGUGCAAGGCUAUAGGAGACCCCGACCCGUCGAUACACUGGAGUUCACCCGAAGGUAAACUCAUUUCAAAUAUGUCCAGGACAGUCUUAUAUGCCAAUGGUACCUUGGACAUCCUGAUAACUACUGUCAAAGAUACGGGCACUUUCACCUGCAUUGCAUCAAACGCUGCCGGAGAAACCACCGCAAUGGUGGAACUUCACAUCAUUAAACUUCCUCAUUUGAUCAACAGCACAAACCAUAUUCACGAGCCUGAUCCGGGUUCGUCAGAUAUUUCUACUUCUACUAAAUCUGGUUCCAAUACCAGCAACAGUGUCAGCGACACUAAAGUUAAACCAGAACGACGAGUGGCGGUUGCUGAGACAACAUCCUCAUCUGCACUUAUUAAAUUUAAUUUGCAACAUAAUAUCCCCGGUAUUCGUAUGUUCCAGAUCCAGUACAAUGGCUCUUACGAUGACUCACUCGUUUACAGAAUGAUUCCAUCCACAAGCAAAACUUUUCUUGUCACGAACCUGGCUGCAGGAACGCUGUAUGACUUGUGUGUCUUGGCAAUCUAUGAUGAUGGUAUCACCUCCCUCACUGCCACCAGAGUCGUGGGCUGCGUAGAGUUCACCACAGACCAGGAUUAUGUUCGCUGCCACUUUAUGCCAUCCCAGUUUCUGGGAGGAACCAUGAUAAUCAUAAUAGGUGGGAUUAUUGUGGCCUCAGUAUUGGUCUUUAUUAUCAUCCUUAUGAUUAGAUACAAAGUGUGCAACAACAAUGACCAGCACAAGAUGACAAAGGUUAGUAACGUCUACUCUCAGACCAACGGAGCUCAUUUGCAAAUGUGUGGCAGUGUGCUAUCCCACUCCAAUUCUAAAGUAGCCAUGGGCCACGACGAUAACAUCACACGGUGUAACAAAGAUCCCAGCGAAAGCAAAACACAACUGUCAGAGUCCACUCUGAGCCAGGACUGCUCGACCACUACCUCCACUCUGCCACACGACUGGACUGCAAGUGUUAGUCCAUCUCAGAAGCUGAAAAGAAAGGCUGGGCUAAAUCCAAGCGUGGAAUCACCAAUGGAAGCUUUCACCAAUGUCGAGUCCCUCAAAAAAAAGGAAAAUACUGCCAUUUUACAGAAGUCCACCUGCGCUCAAAUUUCUUUGAAAGACACCCCUACUUUUAGACGAGCACAUUCCAAGUCUAUCAAAUUCCUUACUCUGCCGACAGAAAUAAGCAGAGCUAAGCGGAGGUAUUCACUGGAUGCAGAGGUAUCUGAAUAUCAUUGCUAUACUCAUUCACAAAGCAUUAACAGCCUGUGGUCAAAAAGGAGCAUGUCCAUGAAUGGAAUGUUGUUACAGUUGGCUAACUCUGAUGUUGAUGGUGGGAAAGCUGUCUUCUCCAGUUCUGAGUGGAUAAUGGAGAGCACCGUGUGACCACUCUAAAUCUGUUACUAUUAAAGGAACAUUGCCUUGUAACAAUUCGGAAAUUCUAUGCUUGUGUUUCUGUUCGAUGGUAUUUCCAGCAAGGUAGUAAACGGACCAGCUCAUGCACGCAAUUGUUUGAUAGAAAUCAGCAGGCAGCAGUGAAAGGCAUAAGGGCAUGAAUUAGCACUGGUGCCUUAUCCUGCAUUAGGGAUUGGCUUCCUGGUUCUGGAGUUUGGGGGAAUUAAACAGUGAAACAUUUUCACAGAAGCCUUUGACCAAGGAAAUAUGGUUUCCUGCAUCUUAAAGAAAAAAAAGCCCAUUUAUGGACUACUUAUUAAAUUGAUAUUUUUUAAAAAUUGAGCUGUAUGUUUCUUUUCAGUGACAAUGGUAAUGCCUUUUGUUUUCAGGCAAAUGCUGUACAGAUAAACAACUCUGUGUUGUUAUGUUGUGUACAAUAAAGGAUUAAAUAAGUAUACUCGGCCAGUGUUAGUACGAUGAAUAGCUGUUAAAUGUGCAACUAGGCAGGGCCUGAAUCUUGUGGUGGCUCAAGUAUUAAGAGAUACCCAUCCGUUACUGCAUACUGCCAGCCAACAGUUUAAGUGAUUGAACUUCCACGAUAAAGAUGCCAGUGCCGUUGCAGAAAAGUAAUGAUUGUGCUAUCGUAAUCUUUGCAUUUAAAUACAGUACUCAUAGUCUGACUGCCACUCAAAAAAGGAGCCAUUACAUACAAAAUAUUGCCUGUCACAAGGAGCUGAAUUGAGGCCAACUAUUAAAGUGCUUUCAAUUAGUUCUAUUCAUAUUUUAACUUCAAUUUCACCAAUGCAAAAUGAUAAUACAGAACAACUGGGAACUGCAAUGUGCAAAUGAUCUGAAAAAGUAUUAAGUUGAAUUAAUCUAAAACCAGAUCAGGCAUUAAAGUGAAAAUGAAUUCAACAAAGCACAUUAUUACAUGGUGAAUUUUAAAGGAUAAUCUGCUUGCUAAGAUCGUUCGUUACUUGGGAGAGAUGAGCAAAUAGGCUGCAUUUCGGAUUCAAGGUUGGUGUGGCUUCUUUGCUAUGUUCUCAGCCUAUUGAGCUCGAUCACAGUACUGAACUAUUUACACCGCAAGUCAAGGGGCAAGGGGAGAGCUUGCUCCGUGUCACGUUUUACCACAAGUGCGAAGAGUAUUCCUUGCCAGAGAGCAUAAAUUGCCAUUUUGCACAAAAUCCGCAAGUAGAACCAAACCUGUCUGGCAGCAGCCCAACCCGAUUUGACCAGCCAAGCCAUGCUCACCCCGAUUAUCUGCUGAACAUUGUUAAGACUCCUGUCAACAUAUGCAAUC